UGGGAUAUUGUGGCCGCAGAAACAAGAAGUGAUGGUUACUGUGAUAUAAGAAAUAUUUAUAAAAUGGGAGAAGGUUGCAAUUACAUAGAGAAAUUAUUAGCGAUUUGCAUAAUCGUAGGUUUUAUAGCAAUUUCAAGCCAAGCCAGUGCACCGUGUGCCCUGCGGGAAUAUAAAAAUGGUUUCGUUUGUGUUUGUAAUGCGACGUAUUGUGAUUAUUUAGACGAUCCAUCACCGGAGAAUGAAGAGGAAUUCGUUAUUGUGUCCUCAUCGAAGGCUGGCUUAAGAUUUGGUACUACCAGCGGUAAAGUUAAUGAUACGUCAUUCACGACCGUUCUAGACUACAAUAAGACUACAGCAAGAACUCGAAAGGUUACGAUAAAUGUCGACCGAGAGAAGCAGUAUCAGAAUAUUACAGGCUUCGGCGGUUCUUUCACCGGCUCCGUUAGUUACAUUUUGGAUAAACUACCGCAAGGACUACAGGAUCACAUAUAUAAAUCCUUCUAUGCGCAAGAGGGUAUUGGUUUUAAUUUAAUGCGCACCUCCAUUGGUGGUUGCGAUUUCGAUUUGAAAGCCUGGGCAUAUAAUGAGGAACCGGAAAAUGAUACUGCCCUCAGCAAUUUCACAGAUUUAGACCCGAGCGAGAAGAAGCGAAUAGAGCAAAUUAAGCAUUUGAAGGAGGUAACGAAUGUGGAAAAUUUGCGUAUCAAAGCAGCUGCCUGGAGUCCACCACCAUGGAUGAAGACCAAUAAUAAGUGGACUGGUGUUAGCCGACUGAAGGAGGAGUACUAUCAGACUUGGGCUGAUUAUCAUGUGCGCUGGAUUGAGUUGUGGGAGAAGCAAGGUUUACCCAUUUGGGCUAUAUCGACGGGCAAUGAGCCAUCUAACGGUGUAAUAUUUAUGUUUUUUGCAAAAUUCAUGAGUUUGGGUUGGUUACCAGAGAGUCAGGCUAUCUGGGUAUCUGAGCAUCUGGGGCCUACAAUGCGCAGUAAAUACAAGGAUGUGAUUAUAUUCGGAAAUGAUGAUCAGCGUUUCACUUUCGCAUUUUGGUUUAAAAUGAUGAAAGCAGUGCGCGCCGAUUCGGUUGACUAUCUCAGUGGUUUGUCUGUGCAUUGGUAUUGGGAUGAAAUUUUCAAACCGGUUUUUAUUGAUAUCGCACGCAAAGAAAUGCCCGAUAAAAUUAUGCUCGUCUCGGAAUCGUGCAUUGGUGAUAAACCUUGGCAGAAGGCAGCGCCAGUUUUGGGCGAUUGGAGUCGUGGUGAAAAAUUCGCACGUGCCUUUUUACAAGAUCUACAGCACGAUUUCAAUGGCUGGAUCGAUUGGAACAUUGUAUUGGACGAACAGGGUGGUCCGAAUUACGUAGAAAAUUUCGUUGAUGCGCCGUCCAUUGCCAAUAUGACAACUCUUAGUGAAGUGUACAAGCAGCCAAUGUUCUAUGUGAUGGGUCAUUUCUCUAAGUUCAUACCAGAGGGCUCGAUACGUGUUCUAUCCGAACGCACAAAUAUCAAUGUGGAUACUGUUGCCUUCGCGAGACCGGAUGGCAGCUUGGCGGUUAUCGCUUUCAACAGUGGCUCCGCUGGCGUUAAUGUUACCAUUUCGGAUACAAAGCGCGGCCAAAUUAAUUUCAGCGUUCCGCCGAAAUCCAUCAAUACUGUGUUAUACAACUAAAUUUCUCCAACGAGUUAUAAAAAUAAAGUGAAUUUAA